AUUAUCACGGAACGCCACAUUACAAUAGCGUUUAGUGAAGAUAUAACAAAUGUAAAAUGUGGUUCAAGAAAUUAUUGUAUUGUGCUAUUGUGUAUCAAGUGAUUGCCUAUUCAAUAAAGGGAAUGAAAACAAACGGUAAUGUGGAAAAGAAUCAAAAUAUAAUUGGCGUACGUCCUACCAACAAUGAACUCCCUUGUCUUGCAAUCGGUGGUAAUUGUUUAAACAUCAAUACAUGUCCGGAAGAAAGACGUUCAUUGGUCAAAGGGUUAUGUCCUAUGCAAGAACAGCACGGCAUUGAAUGUUGCGAUUUAAGGUCUGUAACAGGUGAGUCAUGUGCUAAAGAAGGAGGGAAAUGCGUUCCUCGAUAUUCAGAUUGUGAAGAAAAAAUCACUUUCUUUGAAGGUGGGGAUUGUUCGAUAAAUGAAAAAUGCUGCUGAUUAUUACACAAAGUAAAGUAACUAAUGUUAUUUUAAAUACAGUUUAUCUAAAUAAUAAACGUAGAUACUACUUC